AUGAAAUUAGCAGAAUGUCUUGCUUUGGCACAACUUAUUUUAACUCGUUAUGUUUUAAUGAUAUGUUCCAUAUUGGGUAUUAUUGGUUGUUUUCUUAAUUUUUUUGUAUUCUCUAAAAAAAAUCUUCGUACAAGUUCAUGUUCAAUUUAUUUCAAAGCAACAUCUAUUUUUAAUUUAUUAGUAAUUGUAUGUUGUAUAACACCGGUAAUUAUAGCUACUUAUUCACGAGAAGAUCCCGCCUUAUAUAUAUCAAUAGUGUGUAAAACAAGAGCAUAUACAACACAUGCUUUCUUAAUGAUGUCUCGUUCAACUGUUGCUUUAACUUGCGUAGAUCGAUUUGCUUUAUGUUCAAGUCACGCUUAUAUUCGUCGUUUAAGUCAACGUCAUAUAGCUAUUAGAUUGGUGAUUAUUACAACUAUUCUAUGGUUAGUUAUACCAAUUCAUGUCCUGCUUCUUACUGAUGUUCAAUUAUCUGGCCGAUGUGGUGGUUCAGGUGUAUAUCAAAUCGUUUAUAGUAUUUAUGCAACAAUUGUUACUUCUAUUCCAUUAGUAAUAAUGAUCAUAUUCUCGUUUUGGGCUAUUCGAAGUGUUCAACAUAGUCGUGCUCGUGUUUUUCCAAUCGAAGGACAUGUCGAUGGAAAUGAAAAUUUGGCGAUGAGAAUGAAAAAACGAGAUAUACAAUUAAUCGUUAUUCUAAUCAGUGAAGUAGUUGUUUAUCUUCUAUCAACAGUAUGGUAUCCGUUAGAUACCAUGUAUUUAACUAUUACAGCGAGUAUUGUCAAAACAUCGGAUCGUGUAGCUAUCGAAAACUUUAUUCGUUAUUUAGCACUCAAUUUUUUCAUUUUUCUUAAUUCAUGUUCAUUAUUUUAUGUUCAUCUUUUGGCUUCGAAAAGAUUUCGUCAUGAAUGUAAAGAAUUAUUUUUAAACUUAUUCAAACACAAUCAAAAUAACAUAGAAUUGCAAGUUAGGUCAGCAAAAACGCCAAAUCAUCGACAACAAAUAAAUACUUUCCCGAAUAAUACAGAAUAG